GCGGCGACGGCGGCAGGGAGUGAGAUGUUGAGUGUACCGCUAUUCCUAUAGUCAGUUUCUGGCGGUUCUCGCGCGAGAGCGAGCGUGUUUGCUGAGGAUGGCCUCCUGCGUGCCCUGGACCGUCGCGGUCCUCUGCGUCUUCGCCGCCUAUCUCGCAGUAAUUCCAAAUUGCGAGGGACAACGACAACGGCCGCACCAAGCGCGCCAGGAUCCUCCCGCCGACAUGCUACUGCUCGACCGGGAAAAUAAAACAGGAAACGCGUCAGCCAACUGCUUACAGAAGGACGAGAGACUGAUGUGCCCUGACCCUGAUAUCAGGUUCUACCUUUACGUCGGAUCAUCUGGCGAGGCAGACGAAAUCAACACGACUGAUCCUGAGUGGUUUGCCAGGAGCAAGUUCAACCCUGAGGCGCCAACGGUGAUGCUGGUGCACGGUUACCGUGGUGGUGAAUCACUUAUGCCAACUGUUGUUCUCAAAAAUGCUUACAUAAAACUGGGCACAUACAAUUUGAUCACUGUCGACUACGGGCCGCUGGUGAAGACCCCGUGCUACAUACAGGCUGUCAACAGCCUCAAGGCAGCGUCUAAGUGCAUCGCGCAGAUGCUCUACUACUUCCGCGAACAGAACAUCGCCUCAGAAAAAUUCACCUGUAUUGGCUUCAGCUUGGGAUCGCACGUCUGCGGGCUCAUUGACAAUUUCGUUGAUACCAAACUUGAAAAGAUCAUUGCUCUAGACCCGGCGCGUCCGCUGUUGGCCAACAGGUGGGACAGCGACAAGCUGGACCCAAAGGACGCGAAGCAGGUGCAAGUUGUGCACACAAACGCCGGCUUCUACGGCCAGACGGGCUGGACGGGCACAAUUGACUUCUGCGUCAACAACGGCGCGCAGCCGUACUGCCAAAAAACUCGCAGGGUCUUCCGGCCACGGCGUCCUUCUUCAGAUGAGCAACUGUGUAGCCACGCCCACGCCGUCUGCUACAUGGCCCAGAGCCUGUGGAUAGAGCGCGCCCAGGUCGGCGAACCCUGCGCCAAUCGCUGUCCGCAGAGCAACUUCUUCGACCGCCGCGGUCCCGAGGUCAUCAUGGGACAGUUCACGCCGUCCUAUGCGACGGGAACAUACUGCGUGAGAAACGAUGUGCCAGCCUACUGCCUGGGUGCCGACCCGAACGACCCUGAGUUUGGUGAUAUCCGCUGCUGCCCUGUUAUUCACAACAACACCAGGUCAAGAAUCAGCAACUUUGUCAGUGAUCGGCGGGCUGAGCGACGCAAAAAGAUGUGGCAACGAUUCGAAAACGACGACUAACGAACUCGCAUCGCAGAAUAACCAUUUUACCUUUAUUGUUAUUUAUGAAAAGUUUGUUUCGGAAAUAAAGCGGCCUUUGCCCCCAAA